GUCGGCCUCCCCCUCAUCACCGGGUACAUCGUGGUUGGCGCCAUUAUCGGACCUUUUUCCUUGAAGAUCAUCACGCAGGAGGAGGUGGCUAGCCUUGCCUGGAUCAACAUGUUUGCGCUCGCGUACAUCUCCACCUCUGCUGGAGCCGAGCUGCACAUCCACGAGCUGAAGCCGCUCUUCAAGGGGUUGGUGGCGCAGACGACGGCCAUUGCCUUCUUCACCUUCGCUCUCUGCACGACAGUCGUCGGCCUGCUGUCGUCGUCGAGCAUGCUGUCGUGGAUCAGCGGCUAUCCCAGUGACUGCAGGUGGGCUGUGGCGAUGGUCAUGGCCUCCAUCUGCAUAGCGAGAAGCCCGGCCACGGCCAUUGCGAUCGUCAAGGAGUUGCGGUGCAAGGGGACGAUGACGUCGACGAUGCUGGGCAUCACCGUGCUAUCGGACCUGUUCGUCCUCAUCUCUGUCACUAUCACAGUCUCCUACGCGGGCUCUUCAUGCAAGGGGCUGCCGUUCGAGGGAUCUUCCUUGGGGAUCGUGAUCGCGAUGAUCGUAGUCUCCCUCAUCAUCGGCGUCAUCAUUGGGUACAUGUUCAUGCUCCUGAUGGUCUUCAGCCGGUUCUUCGUCAGGGCCCUCGUCUUUCCCCUCGGCUUCCUCGUCUUCCUCUGCAGUGGCAUCUUCGCUGAGGCCGUCGCCAAGCAGCUUCCCGAGGACAAGACCCUUCACCUGGAGCCGCUCCUCAUGUGCAUUGUAGGAGGCUUCGUGUGCGUCAACUUCAGCAGCUUCCACCAUCGCUUCUGCGAGGCACUUCAGAUCGCUGCUCCCUACAUCUUCCUCCCCUUCUUCACCCUUGUCGGUGCCAGCCUCGACCUCGAGACCUUCGUCCGCUCCAUCGGCUUCGCUGUCAUCGUCGCGGUCGUCCGUGCUGCCUGCAUCUUUGCCGGGACCUCGGGAGCAGGGUGGGCCGUUGGGCAGCCGAAGGCGCUGAACCUGACCAUCUGGAUGACCCUGAUCUCUCAGGCCGGGUUCUCUCUCGGUCUCGCUGCUCAAGUGGCGUCCAAGUUCGAUACAUGGGGGAGGAAGUUCCAGGCCGUCAUCAUAUCUGUGGUGAUUGUGAACCAGAUUGCCGGGCCCAUCCUCUGCAAGCUCGCGCUCCGAUGGUCUGGGGAGACG